AUGUUCGAGGAUCUCAAGAUGUUCUUCCAGGGCCAGUUCCGCGAGACAGCGAGGCAGCUCUGCGGCGGUGCGAACAAGGCCACUUCCCCGUGCAAGGCUCAUCCCACGAGGCUCGCGCACGAGGAUCAUCCCACGAGGCUCAGCAAGAAGAAACACAAAACUGGAGUGGGUGCAGCGGCUUUUCCAGUCGGCGAUGUUGCGGCAGUUCCACCAGUUCCAGAAGAUGGCGGCCAAGGCGAGGUUUCAAUUGAGGCUGGAGGUGGAGCCCUGGCCGCGGCAAGCACAGCGCCAGGCGGCCCCGCGUCAUCGGCCGCCGCUGCCAGCGCCUCGCGGGCCCCAACCUCGAGAACCAGCCUGAGUUUUGAGGGCGCCUGCAACGGGGCCGAAGGCGAUCGAUCCCGCCCCCCCCCCCCCCCCCUCAGCUUCAGGCUACUCUGUGAACCCCACCUGCCAAGUGGGGCACUUUUCUUUGCGGUCUCUAGCAAUUGCUUCGACGCCGAAGGAGUAGAACUCAGGCAUCUGGUGCUUUUUUUCAAGCAUUCGGGUGCGCGUUUGAUAUUGGAAGUUCUGCCCUUUGUCAGUUUGGCCGACUUUAACUUGAAGCCUCCGGCCGCGAGGGUCUCGGGCCCCCUCAGAACAGCGCCGCGGUGA